AUGGCGGCCAUGCUUGCACCCGUGCCGGAGUUGAGCACCGACGAGCCUGCGGCUGCGACUCCCUACCUGCCCUGCAGCCUCAACCGGGACUGGAUCCGGAGCGUUGCCGUGUCUGGAGCGCAGAUGGGAUCGACUGUUUUCUCCAACUCCAUGUCCCAAUCCGGUCAUAGCGGAUCCAGCUACUCCAGCCACUCUAGCUACUCCAGCCACUCUAGCUACUCCAACUACUCUAGCGCCUCCUCUUGUUCGGCCGGCGCCGAUGCAGAGGACUUUGGCGCGAACGAGCUCACGAAGAUCGCUCACCAAAUGGUUAGCGACGGGUACACCCAGCGCAUGCUCCAAGCAUUCGUCGUCGCGCCAGCACUUGGAAACGGUGGCGGCCCGAACACCGUGCUGGAGUCUUGGUUCUGCGGACUUGACGUGGGUUGGGUUCUCCAAAUAUGCCAGGAGCGUGGCUCACAAUGGCAGUUCCGGCUCCAAGACAAGUCGGCAUCAUCGUUACAAGACUUGGUCGAGAGGUGGAUCCGAGGUCUCACAGUGAUCGUCCAUAGUUUGACAGAGUUGGUCUCCAACUCUGUGGGGAUCUGCGUGGAGAGUGUGGCAACAGAAUGGUUCGGCAAAGCCAGCAUUUCCAAGAUGCUCGUCUUCGUCGAGGCCAUCAUGCCUGAUCUCAAGGCUGAGAAGCUACACGCCGUGCUAGACAUGUAUAUAUGUGUCUCCAAUGCAUUACACAUGCUUAGGUCAUUUGGCAUGUCUACCAGAAACCAACAAAUAUUUAGCGCGGCACGUGACUUGUUGAGUACACAAGGCGACAUGCUAUGGGAGGCCAUAUCCAGCACGAUGGAGGAGAUGAGGGCACUCGUCGAGGGCGACGAUGAUUUGUGGGCUAUGGAAAUUAAGCAUGGAGGAGGCGGGGUUCACAACAACACCCGUUUGGUGGUCAGUUCCAUCUUGUCCAUGAAGAAAACAGUGGCUUUGAUGACGGGGACCUUUACAUGGCUCGACUACGACUUUAAACUUGACGUCCUGAUAGAUGAGACGGUUUAUUAUCUAAAUGAUCUGCUUCUCAGAAAGUCGGAACUGUGCUUGGAUCCAAGCCUCAGGUACCUGUUCCUGCUUAACAAUUCCUAUUUCGUUGUGUCAUUGAAUUUUCAUCUUCCUCGGUGGUAUCAACGCUCCCUGAUAUUUAAACUUGCACCCGAAUGUAAGAAGUACAUGGAUAGUUAUCUCGAUGUUUCUUGGGGACAUGUGUUGUCCUGUAUACCCAAAUCAAAUUUUAAUGGACCGCUGCAAUGUUGGAAGAACACCUCUUCACUAGCUAAAUUCGAGUCAGCUUUCCACAAGACCUACCAGGCUCAGAAAUUCUGGAAGGUUCCAGAACCUCAGCUCAGAGAUGCACUGAGGAAAACUAUCAUAGAGAGUGUUAUCUCAAGUUACCGUGACUACCUGGAGGAGCAUCCAGAGCUAGCGGAACAAGUUAGCCACGGAAGCAGCAGUCCCGAGGUUUUGGAGGAGAUGUUGCGAGAGCUAUUUGAAGGAUGA